AUGCUUCGCAGCGCGAAACCUGGACGACGGCUGUGCUUGUCGUUCUUCCUCCUCGUGCUGGUAUCUCCUACUGCCGGUGGUUCAUCCUUCAUGCCUAGUACUGGUGAGUGAUGGAUAUUACUGUAUUUUUGUGGGUUUAUCUUGUCAGCUACUGUUUAGCCAAUAAGAUAGGCAACAGCUUUUACAGUAUUUUGCGAAAUAGACACUGUUUUGUCAUUUCUUUCUUGCUACGAUUAUCAUUCUUUAGUUGUGAGCAAUUUCUUCGAAUCUGUCAAAAAGGCUAGCCAACUGGGCGCCGAGCCAGGACAGCAGUGUCUGUUAGAUGCUCAAUGUUCUCUGUCAGGCGAUGUGAUAUGUUCUCAGAAAGGACGUUGUGAAUGUGCUACAGGAUCAUGGAACGGAGCUCAUUGUGUAGCAUACGAUGAUGAUAAUCAAGAUGACCAGUAUGCGGCUAGUGGAGAAGGUAAGGGUACUGCAUAAUUGAUUCAAACAAAACAGACUGCAAUUAUCAAAGAUAUUAUCGAUGUGUGUUACUUUUCAGAAUUGGCGUUACCUGAAAAACCAGAAUGCUCGAGUUUAGAAGUGGAAAAGAAUGGCAAGUGUUAUGUCAGGAAGAAGCCUGGUGAGACCUGUGACUUUUCUGAGCAGUGUAUGAAUAUUGGCGACGUCCAGUAUUACUGUAUCGCCAACAUCUGUCAAGAAGCUCCAGGUAAGUACAAAUGUGUUAUGUUUGGACCGCUCGAAUGUAUGAAUAAUUCAGUCAUUUUUUGUAUAUUGUAAUUGAUUUCUAUUCAAUAGUCUCAUUGUACAACUUGUCAUGACGUAAUUCAGAAUGCCCACCAGGCUAUGUAGCGAUGGGUGCAGAAUGUCUGCCUUACUCAGUAACCGGAGGGCCAUGUAUACAUCCCAUACAAUGUCUGACUGGGUCAGUUUGCAUCAAAGGAAAGUGCAGAGGACCGUGUGACUUCAACCAAGUGUUCCUGGAGGAAGCUUGUGUAGACUACGGUACGGUAAUCGUGUAACUAUAACACCCAUAUUUAGAAGGAGCCGGUUGUGUAGCCAUAUCUUGUAUCAGCAACAAAUGUCCUCGAUCAUUCCCAUCGUGUAAUUACAUUGCUCAACAAAAAGACUACUUAUGUUGUGAUAGAUCAAUGGGUAAGAGGCAUCACUAAUAGCAUAUAAAGAAAUUCAGAAACCAAAGUAACGUGUCCCCUACCCAAUUCUGAACCACAACGCGACAAGGAGACAGGAAAUGUAGUCGAAUGUAUGCAUCGACCGUGCACCGCCAACUACCGUUGUGUAUUCGCAUCGUACGGUAGAGGGAAAUAUAUCUGUUGCUCGAAGCCGAAGCCCAAGAAGAAGACAGAAGAAAACGAAAUGACAGAAGAAGAGGAACUAGACUUCUACGGAGAAAAAACGACUACCAAGGGACCUUGGGUACCACCACCCCCUCGACCGGUCGAUACUCCAUGGACUCCAGAUCCCCGACCAGUUCAAAACAACAUGAACUGGCCUUACAACAACAACAACUACAAUAACUGGGCCAACUGGAACAACAAUUACAACAAUUGGGGAACCAAUUGGGCCAACAGGAACUGGGGUACUCAGAACUGGAACAAUGGAUGGGGUCGCAACAACAACUGGAACAACUACAACUACGGCCAGCAGUGGAACAACGGACAAGCGAUGAGAAGGAGAAAGAUCAGGCCCAACACAGAGCUGGGCAAGAUACGACCCGCUUCUAGUUCAAACUGGAUUGUCGGCUCCAAGAACUUCCCCAGAAGGCUGACCAGGAAACGGCCGAAGCGCCCUAUUGCCACGAAUCCCUUCAUUCAACAUCAUCCAGGCAUUCAUGACGUAAGCAACAUCACAAACGAACUAGCCAGUGUAGAGGUCAACCAACCCGAUCACAAGAACAGCUGGACGCAUGCCAUAAAGGUGCUCAUCUACUGGUGCUGCACCAACAAGCCUUGUAUAUAUCGUGACCAUCUUGGGGCCUUCUGUAGUCAGAUUCUCGACUCGGACGCAAUAACUCAACAUCUAGCGGCUACGGAUGUUGAUGACUACGACGAAUUAGAGCAGAAACAAGACUUAGAAACAGUAAAUAGCUUCCCGAUUACUGUAGUGUGA